UGUAAGUUUAAAUUUUGUACACAAAACAGUAAUCUUUCUUCAAAUAAACACACUCUCAAUGGGUAAAUGAAUCACAAGAGAGGCAAAUAAUGGACUACAUGUGCAGCUCAUGCAUGAAAAAUAUCUUCAGAUAAGCGCUUCAGCAUUGAUCUCGAACAUUUACUUCACUCUCCAGAUACUUGGGAAUCAGUUGAAGUUGAAAGUUUGGUGAGUUCACUUGAGGACCAUGGAUUUUGACUUCUACGAUGAUUCUUUCGGGAAUUCUCUGGCCAGUUCAGUGGAUGAUGUGAGUGUUGUGGACUUCAAUGGAGCCCUUACUCUUUCUUAUGAAGAUCUCACCUGCAUGAACAUUGAUUAUGCCAGAUAUCUCGGACCUCGAACCUACUCUCUCGAUCUCACAGGAAAUGAUCUAACAGAUCUCUCAUUUCUCUGCUACUUCACCAAACUCCACACUCUCGUCCUGGACGGAAAUACUCACAUGUUUGUUCGAACACUGCCCCAUCUCAGUGGCUUAUCGACAUUCUGGGCCAACAAUUGCAACAUCAAGAAUUAUCCUGAAUUUAUUGCUGUGGUUGCAGAUAGAUUUCCCAAUCUCAAGUUCCUCUGCAUUCUCAACAAUCCAGGAAUUCCAUCGCACAUCUACCGAUCACGUUUCUACUCAAUAAUCCUGUACAGGAAUUAUGUGAUAAAUCGCUUUCCCUGGAUACAGCAUCUGGACGACUGUAGGGUGGCUGAGAGGAGGAGUUUCUUCCAAUUGGCUAUUUGCUACUUGUAUCGUCGUUCAAAGAUCAGCAAAUACCACGAUAAUUCAAUAAAAACAAUGUUUAACAAAACCUUCCUCAAGAAACGAUGUACAGUGAAGAUUGCAGUUCCCAGGCUCUUCUGAAUUUUCUCUAUGAUCAUUAUAUACAAAUUUGUGAAUAAAAUAAUACUGAUUUUUUUUUUU